GUGCAUAAAAAGUGCUUUUUCCAUUGUAACUGUGUGUGUGUGUGUGUGUGUGUGUGUGUGUGUGUCACAGCUCAGAAGACGGCCCUGAUCGUGUACGCCCACCAGAGUCCGGGUUCGUUUAAUGCGGCGGUUUGUGACGUGACGAUGGAGGAGCUGACGGCGCAGGGCUACAGGGUCCUCAUGUCUGACCUGUACGCCAUGAACUUCAGAGCCAACGCCACCCAGGACGACAUCAUCGGUGAACUGAAGAAUCCGGAGCUUUUCCAGUACGGCGAGGAGACCAUGCACGCCUGGUUGGAGGGCUGUCUCAGCGCCGACAUCGUGCACGAGCAGCGUAAAGUGGAGGAGGCGGAGCUCGUCAUCUUCCAGGUCAGAGGUCACUCACAUCGAUAG